UGAGGUGACGCGUGGCAGAGUGGCGGGAAACAGUGGGGAGAGAGAGGGGAGGCAAACUGUCGUCUCGUCUCCCCUGGAAUGUCUCACCGGCCUCUGCGCUCUGCGCCUCGUUUGGCCAUGGUAGCUGGAAAUGCGUUACCAAUGUCUUUCUCCGGAGAAAGCUGCACUGACGGAGUUACGCUUUCAUUUCUUGAUCCCCAAACGGAUCUUCUCCCCUUUUCUUUUUUCUUGAUCGUCUUUGAUUGCACCGUGAUUGAGCAAGGAUGAGCGUGAUAGACAUCCUGUUCAGGGUCGACGAGAUAUGCAAGAAGUAUGACAAGUACGAUAUCGAGAAGCAGCGCCAGCAGAAUGCCUACGGAGAUGACGCCUUCGCUCGCUUCUAUGACACCUUCGAGUCGGAGAUCGACUCGGCUCUUCAGAAAUUCGAGAAGGCUUCAGCAGAAACAAACAGAGCUACCUCUGUUGCACUGAACGCUGAGAUUCGGCGGACAAAGGCUCGAUUGCUAGAGGAGAUUCCCAAGCUGCACAAGCUAGCUCAGAAAAAGGUGAAAGGGCUUUCAAAUGAAGAGAUGAUGACCCGAGGCGAUCUGGUUCUCGCUUUACAAGAGAGGAUCGAAGCAAUACCUGAUGGGACUGCAGCUGCAGCUAAACACAGUGGAGGAUGGUCCUCCUCGACAUCUCAUAAGAAUAUCAAGUUCGACUCAUCAGCAGAUGGAAAUUUCGAUGCCGGAUUCUUUCAACAGACUGAAGAGUCAAACCAGUUUAGGCAACAGUAUGAAAUGCGGAAAAUGAAACAGGAUCAAGGUCUCGAUGUCAUCUCGGAAGGACUGGCGACACUGAAAGAUUUGGCCCAUGAUAUGAAUGAGGAAUUGGAUAGGCAAGUUCCAUUGAUCGAUGAAAUUGAUACGAAGGUUGACAGAGCAACAACUGAUCUGAAGAAUACGAACGUGAGGCUCAAGCAAAAUCUAUUCAAGAUGAGGUCCAGUAGAAACUUCUGCAUCGACAUUAUUCUUGUAUGCAUUAUUCUGGGCAUCGCUGCUUAUUUGUACAAUGCUCUUCAUUGAUUUAAUAAAAGAAGCGGCUGCUACUUACUAGAUCGCGAUGCUGUCCCUUUAACACGCAGACUUUCUUUCAUAGUUGAAAGUUCUCUAUGCACUUUAAUAAAAUCUUGUGGAGCCAUUUGUUGUAGCUUGUAUUGUCUGAAGGCAUCGGCUUGCAUGUAUUAUAAUGGAUUGAAUUGCUUCUAUAUGCAAUGAGGUAUUUUUCAGUUCGAGUAA